GUCUCAGUUUGUUGUGUACGGUACAAAGCUAACAUAACAAGAACAUUACAAAAAUCUCUUGCGCUCUCUGAAUCUCAAAUUCAUAUACUUUACUCAAGACUAAAUUAAUUACUUUUGAUGCCUCCCUUACCCAGUGUCGCUCUAAGCCUAGACGAUGUCCGUCACCGUCAAAUUCUCAAAACCACCAAGACCAAUUAAUCAAAUCUAACUUUAACCUACUCUGGACGUGCGGCAAGAAACGAAACGAAACGAAAAAAAAGAAAAUAAUUCACAUUGUUUUUAAUUUUUUUGAACUAAUGUAUGUAUGUACCCAUUUUGUUUAUGAUUGAAAAAAGUUAUGUUUUAUUAAGAACCAUCGGUUUGUUUUUAUUCUUCACUCUUCGCUUCGAACAAACUUAAUUCCGAUAUAUACAAAAAAAAUAAUAUUAUUUCUUCCCCUCGUGUGUCGUGUGUUUGAAAAUAAAACUUGUGCCAACGACCUUGCAACGCCCUUGAAUGACAUUCUUACUGCGCGACGACUACGUCGACGACGAGGCAACCGAUGGAAAAGAGAAGAAUGCUCAACCGUUCGUUGGUUCUGAAUUCAUCUGACAACACGUCUCCAUAAACACUCCUCCAAUAUUUUGCGGUGUUUUUGAUUUGUUUAGUUUAAUGAUAAUUUUUUAAAAGUUUUCUUUUUUUUUAACAGUCCAUGUAACUUUGAUGUAAAAGAUAAAUUAAUUUAGUUUAAUCGUGAGAUAAGUCAGUAUAAGAAGUUCAAGUAAUUAUAAUUGUUACCUAAAUGACGGUUACUAUCUGAAACGUGUGUCUUUGUCUUGUGAAAAUUAAAAAAAAAAGUUAAUACAAAAUAAAUAAGAAUUAAUUGCAUAAGGAUUAACAUUGUAGCGGUGAAUUAAAUAUAGAUUUCGACGUCACAUUUUUUGACUAUGCUGUAAUAAUUUGAGUUAUUCAAAAAUAAAGAAAUAUUUAAGAAUUUGAAGAAUCCAAAGUAAAUGAACGGACCUGGUGAUAUUCCACUCACACAAAGUGUAACUCCUGAAGGUCCGUGCGGCCUAGUUGCAGUUAUACCAACAUUAGGCAUGUCAUCAUGCCGUGGACGUGCCGAAGCUUUUGCACGAAGACUACAAUCAAAGCUACGAACUCUCGGAUCACAAAAUGAAGAGAAUAAUUCAUCACACGAAGAAGAGCCUAUAAUAAAUGGCGGACCAUCAUCAAAUACAUGGGUGGCAACUCCGCUCGAAUCGGAACAAGCUGUAACCGAUUUACAACCCCUACGAAAUGAAUCAGACUCAUUUUUCGAUUUUGACUGUGAACUUGAGAGUCCCGGAAGUCCUGUUGAUGAAUGUGAAUAUCUGAGAUUAAUCGAAUCUGUGUCUAAUACUCCACAUAAUUCAGCAACCGAAUCAGGCUAUGCCUGCACUUCCGUAGCUAGUAGCCAUAGUUCCUCUUCCGAUUGCACAUUCUUCGAUCCAGAAACAGAGUAUGCCACUGUUCCACAAUUUCAGCAGCCUCGGCUCAGUAGUACGACUGAGAUUGAGCCGAUACCACAACUCGAUGACUCGAUUAGGGAGAAAAUAGAUAUAAGCUUGACAAACGGACAUAAUGACUACAACAACGAUCAAGAAGACUGCAAUGGAUUACAAACAAAGGAUGUUUCAACGGCGACGGAGAUAAGCAGCGAGGGCGAUUUACUGCCGAAAACGCAAGAAAUUUGCAGUAAGAAAGACGCAAAUAUCGAAUGUGCCAUAGAAAAGCAACAACAAAUCCUGAACGAACUCCAAGUCCUAUCAUUAGCGCACAACGGACAUGAAAAGCAUAAUGAAGAAACAGAAUUGAGUCUGAACAUAAGCAAUGUUAACAAAGAUAAUUCGACUGAUACAGAUACAGCGAAGCUCUUAAGUGAAGCAGCUGAAACCCAGCUGAAUCAAUGUGUCGAAGCAGGAACCGAAGUUAGCAGUACUCUACCCAAUCAUACACAACCUCUUGACCUUCCGACACUAACAAGAAGCGAUCCCGGUAAAAUCACAUCAGUGCUGGACACCGAUGAUGAAGACGAUUGCCGACCACAACGUGUGAGACGUUGUUCAUCAUUGAAAACUGGAAAAACUCCACCAGGCACUCCGGGACGAAAGAAGAUCGUCCGAUUCGCCGAUGUCUUAGGCCUUGACUUGGCCGAUGUGAAGACCUUCCUGGACGAAAUACCGAACGUACCUAAAUCGGCAUACGAGGAUCUGGAAAUAAUGGAAUCCGAACCGCCCAUUCAACUUGGCCCAAAAUCGGACAAACUAUUGAUGCCAUUGUUCCAACAACCUGGCGGUCUGCCUACAUUCCUCGAUAUGGUGCGUGAAAAGCAGGUUUCUCUCGAAAAUGCCGCAGUCUCCGACCACAUCAAUCAAACGAUAAGUGGUUCAGUAAGGGUCAGGAAUUUGGAUUUCCAUAAAUCAGUGCACAUACGUUAUACAAUUGAUAAUUGGCGAACAUAUGCCGAUCUUCAGGCUACAUAUGUUGACAAUUCUUGUGACGGAUUUUCGGAUAAGUUUACAUUUGUUCUCUAUGGCAAUUCGAUGCAUGUUGGACAACGUCUAGAGUUCGCUGUACGGUUCCAAUGCAAAGGACAACAAUUCUGGGAUAGUAAUUUUGGAACCAAUUAUUGUUUCCAAUGUUUGCCAGCGUCAUCUCAAACGAACCUAUCUUCAACAGCCUCCAUUGGUUUACCUUUGAAUAAUAACAAUAGCAAUGGGAGUACCAUAAUAAGCCCAGCUGCCGGUGAAACUUGGUGUGGAUUCUACUAAAAACAUUUGUAUCACAUUAUUUACCUAUUUUAUUUACAUAAACCAUCUAUAUUGGCCUCGAAAAAGAGAGGCAAUAACACAUCAGGACCUUUCUGUUCCUCUUUGAAAGAAAAAGGUGUAGAUAUAAAAGCACUAAAAAGUUUAUAAUUUUUGUAAAUUUUAUUCAUUUAAGUAUUCGAUCAAAAUAAUAACUUUGUCCAUAGAUUGGUCUGACAAAAAUUUUAUGAUUUUAUAUAAUGUAGUGCAUCCCAAAGAUUAUAUUUUAAUUAAAAGAUAGAUUUAUAAACUUCAUUAUUAAGAUGUAGCAAAAAACAAAAUAAUAUUAUCGAACACAGUUGAAAUUUUAUUUCACUUCACUAUAUAGUUUUUUUAAGUUGCUACGCACAAAGAACUGAAAACUGCGAUUAGGAAAUUAUCGAACACAACAUUUUUAAAACAUAACACAGAUUAAGAAACUUUGUUAAAGAAGAAGAUCCUCCCAACACAGAAUAACGGUUUAUUUUAAAAUACUUACAAACCUCCCCUUAAAUGUCUCACUGUCACUGUUAAAAUUUUUAUUUCUCACUUCCCUCAUCACGAAAGUUAUUGUUUUGUAGGUGAAAUUGGUGAUGGAAAAAGAACUUCUAACGAUUAUUCCCUUGUGGAAAAAAUCACAAUUUAAACAGGGACUACAAAAUGAAAUAUUUUUAAGCCGAAGGAAUUUUCAACGAGUCUCGAACAUAAAUUUUGUCCUCCAAAAUUUAAAACAAACCUUACAUGACACAUACAAAAAAGAUAACAAUCAGUUUAUAUUUCGAUAUUUGUUAAUUAAACAGACGAAAAAAAACAAUAAUUAAUAAAUAUUACUGACCUAAAGCUAAGGACUCUUUAUCUCUCUCUAUUGCAUCUGAAGAACUUUGUAGAUAAUAUUCAUUUAUAUAAAAAAAAGUUGUUUUAUUUUGUUACAUAUUUUUGUUAUUGUUUAAAUCUUUAUAAUGCUUUGUUUUCUUUUUAUUUAAUUUUUUAGUUGUUUCUUGUUUUUUUUUUCUAAUUUUUGAAUUUCUUAUUUGUUUUGUUUUUAUUCUUUAUAUAUAAAAUUUACCAUAUAAGUAUAUUAGAAUAAAAUAGUUUUUAUCUUGUUAAUAUUUUUUUUUGUUUCUUAUUUAUGUUUAUAAUUAUUAUUUGGUAGCCAUAUGAUUGACUUAUUGAGCAACUACUAUUUUUAUUUUUAAACAUAUUCUUACAAUUUAUUUUAUAAACUAAAAAAAAAACAUAAUUUUACCCAUUUCGUUUUUACAAAUAAAAUAAAAACAAAAAACAA